GUGUAUUCCUGCACUGCUCGCAAUGGAGCCAAUUCGCAUUCGCCCGGCACUGGCGUCGACGCUGCGGCAGGCGGCCUCUCGACGGGCGCCCCGCCCGCUGUACCAGUGCCUGCACUGGUCCGCCUCGCGACGCGCCACUCCACUGCCGCAUCCCUCGGUGCCUGGUCCGCCGCCCGAGACGCCCUCGCCGGCCCCGUCAGAUGCGCUGGGCCGGGUUGCGCGCAAGAGGAAGCAGGCCGAGCUGCUGAAGCAGGCUCAGGAAGCGCGCGCGUCUCCGUCAAGGCCGAAGACGGUGCUGCAGAAGCGCUUCUGGAAGGACGUCUCCGUCAGGGAAACACCAGAUGGACUGCAGGUGUUCCUCGACGGCAGACCGGUGCGCACCCCGUCCAAGGACAUCCUCACACUCCCGCCCUCGAAGCACCAGCUCGCCACGGCCAUUGCGCUCGAAUGGGACCUCCUCUUGAGCGCACAGCAGGCCCUGAAGACGCACUACAUCCCCAUGACCUCGCUCGCAGCGCGCGCACUCGACAUCGAGAAGGCGGACAGGGAAGGGACCUCCCAGAUAAGGAACGACAUCAUCGGGAUGCUGCUGCGCUAUCUCGCCACGGACACGCUGCUCUGCUGGGCACCGGAGAAGACGCUCCACGAGGUCCCGCAGAACGGCCUCACGCUGCGCCAGCAACAGACCAAGGUUGCUUCGCCCAUCAUCGCUUAUCUCACCACCCAGGUCUGGCCGGGCGUCGAAAUCAAACCGAUUCUCGAGCCGGACAGCAUAAUUCCCGUCUCACAGCCCGCGAUGACGCAGGAGGUAGUGCGCGGCUGGCUGUCGGCUGUUCCCCCGUUCGAGCUCGCUGGCCUCGAACGCGCCGUCCUGGCUUCCAAGAGCUUGCUUGUCGGCGUCCGGCUUAUCCACGAGUGGGGCGAAGCGUUUGCGCAAUCGCGGAUGGCUGCUGAUGCGGGCCGCUUCGGAAUCGAGGAAGCGGCCGAAGCAUCGAGCUUAGAGGUGCGCUGGCAGACGGGGCAGUGGGGAGAAGUGGAAGACACGCACGACGUCGAGAAGGAGGACCUGCGGCGACAGCUCGGGAGCGUAGUCGUUCUCGUGGGCGGAGAGAGCUCGUGAAAGCGCGUGUAUGUAUGUAUGUGUGUGUGUGUAGUAG